AUGGCGACGGAGACAGAAUCACCAGACUCUGAGUCACACCCAGCACCCGAUCACUUCUCCAAAACCAACAACCCUGAAACCAUCAAUGAAACGAGGACGCCGUUUGCUGAUUACGCUGUUGCCCAGGCCCAGCUUUACCACCAGGCCUUCAACGAAGUCCUGGAUUCAACAAUUGAUGCUGCAAAAUUCCGUUUUUCCCAAAUUCGUUCUACGUCUUCUGCUCAUUUUAACCAGACCUUGGAUUCUUUGGAUGACUUCAAGUCUCAGUACAAUGCUUAUGAGGAUCUUUUGUUUGAAAAAAUAAAAGAGGGUGUACUUGUUGCAGCUUCACAUCCGGUGAUUACAUGUGGUGCUGCUGCUUCCCUGGGGCUUUUGGUACUUAAGAGGCCUCGUCGGGUCUUGUACUACAACACUUUGCGCCUUUUUGUCAGUGAAGAGUCCAUGAUUUCUAGAGCCCAUGCUGAAGUUAAAGAGUUGCAUCAAUCAAUUCAGCUGUUAAAGGCUGAAGGUGAAAAGUUGGAGAAGAGUGCAUUACAUGCGGAAGAGCAAUUCUUACAUGGAAGGACAAAACUCAGACAAGCAGGAAAACAGAUCCGAAAUGUAAUUAACUCAGCAUACAAAAUUGAAACACGAGCACAAGGUUUGAAAGAUAUCCUUGGAGAAUUCCCUAAAAGGGAAGCAUCUCUUUUUCGAUCACAGGUUUCCCAACUUACUUCUGAGGCAAAGAAAGAAAAAAGUACCUUGACCAAGGAGAUCUCCAAAAUUAGCAACUAUGGCAUCUCGGUUUGA